GUAAUUAGUGACGGUCCUGGUUGAAUCCAUGGUGUUGCAUGCUAACUUAUUGGGUACACCGAAACAUUUGCUGACAUGAUGAUAAAAGCAUUCUAGCUAUUUCAGUCCAGCUAAACCAUGUGAUGUAAAAGCAGGUAACCCCACUUGUUGCUUCACAACACUUCGUAGAUUCAUCUUUUGCCCAACAUCCGCUGUCUGAUAGCUUCAACUGAUAUCACGAUGACACUCGCUUACAGCAACAUCCCCUCGGGUGCGACCGUCAUCCCAUCCCCCUUUCAAGUUCAUAUUUCAGACGAGCAAAUCGAGGAGCUACAGCUAUUGGUCAAGCUGUCGAAGCUCGCGCCUCCUACAUACGAAGGCCUUCAGCAGGAUCGUAGAUAUGGCAUAACCAAUGAAUGGCUUGCCAAUGCAAAGGAAGCUUGGAAGAGCUUUGACUGGCGCCCAGCGGAAAGCCGCAUCAACAGCUUCCCUCAGUUUACCUAUGAUAUCGAGGGCCUGACCAUUCAUUUUGUGGCGUUGUUUUCUGAGAAGAAGGAUGCAAUCCCUAUCGUUCUCCUCCAUGGCUGGCCAGGCAGUUUUCUCGAGUUUCUCCCCGUUCUGACUUCAAUCCGGGACAAAUAUAGCCCUGAAACCUUGCCAUACCAUAUAGUGGUCCCGUCACUUCCGGGAUAUACGUUCUCGUCCGGUCCUCCGCUGGAUGUCAACUUCAAUGGCGAGGAUACAGCCCGCGUCAUCAACAAGGUGAUGCUCAAUCUCGGUUUCGAGGAUGGCUAUGUGGCACAAGGCGGAGAUAUUGGGUCAAAGAUCGGUCGCAUACUUGCAGUUGAUCAUGAUGCUUGCAAAGCUGUGCAUUUGAAUGCCUGCUAUAUGGGCAAGCCAUCGAACAUACCAGACACGGCUAUUACUGAGGAAGACAAACGCGCGCUGGCUCGUGCACAGUGGUUUGCUACCUUUGGCAGUGGUUAUGCUGUCGAGCAUGGUACUCGACCCAGCACUAUUGGCAAUGCGCUAUCCACAAGUCCGGUCGCUCUGCUCUCCUGGAUCGGAGAGAAGUUCCUCGAUUGGGCUGGUGAAACCAUUCCCUUAGAGACUAUCCUAGAAUCGGUGACUUUGUACUGGUUUACUGAGACAUUCCCCCGGUCUAUCUACCACUAUCGGGAGAACUUCCCGCCGCCCAAGCUGAGACAUGCCGAAGACCCCCGAUGGUACAUUCGCAAGCCGUUUGGCUUUUCAUAUUAUCCGAUGGAGCUUGUACCCACCCCACGCGCUUGGGUUGAGACAACAGGAAACCUGGUGUUCUGGCAGGCUCAUGAGAAGGGAGGACAUUUUGCAGCGCUGGAAAGGCCCCAGGAUUACCUUGAUGAUUUGACGGCGUUCUGUGAACAAGUAUGGCCUGGUAGAAAAUGAGAUGGUGCCACGAUUACCGUGGGUCGUCUAUAGCAUGCUCGGAAGGCUGCAUCAGUCCAAUAGCGAUAUGCGAAUCAGACACUAAAGCUUGUCUCGGAUGUAGUUGUAUAUAUCGCUCAUAAUAGAGCUCCCCAUCUGAAUGGACAGUCAUCUAGCGUGUCUACGGCAUAUUGUUAGCUGAGUUUUCACUGCAACUGGAUUGGACCCCUCUCCCACCGAAAGUCAUGAUGAGUCGAUCCUCGUGGCUUUGUCGGUACUUUUC